CCGAUCUCAAGUUCCAAAGCAGUGCAGUCGCUGCUCUCUAGGAAAUAUUAAGGGAUAAUUAUAAGUUGUCCCUCAACUUAGUCCUUGUUUUCAAUUUCUUCCUAAUAUUUUUAUUCAUGCUAAUUAAGACCUUAUUGUUGGCAACUUAUGUUAUAUAUUAUUCCCAAUUAAGAGUCCCAUUCCAUCUUUCUUGAGUUGGUUGGUACUGCAAGCAAGAUUUUUUUUGGUUUCUCUUGUUUCCUAUCCGUUCUGUUGAAUUAAAUUGGUAGUGGGAUUUUGGAAAUUGGAAUCAUGAGACCAAUACGGCUACCGGAACCGUCCAGUCCCACCAGGGGCGUGCCGGAGAUCUUCCAGGACGGGGCCUACAGCGUCAUCAGACGCGCCGUCGUCAUCGGAAACGGUUCACCUGGAUCCGAGAACCAGAGCAUCGGGUUGGUGCGUGCUCUUGGGCUCUACGACAAGCAUGUGCUAUAUCGAAUUACAAGGCCUAGAGGAGGAAUAAAUGAGUGGCUCCACUGGCUUCCAGUUUCUCUUCACAAAAAGUUAGAUUAUCUCAUGUGCCUGAUUCGAAACUACUCAAGAAUAGUGUUAACUUCACGAGGAAAGAAAGUUUUGCCUUUACCUUCCGAAAUUAGCAGCAGUGCAGGCUUAGCAUCUAUUUUAGAAGCUGAUUUGAAGCAGAUUGUAACCAUGGCCCGUGAAAAUUUUGAAAAGGAGGGUCCUUUGUUGGUGGUUGCAUCUGGCAGAGAUACCAUUUCUAUUUCAAGCUCUAUAAAACGUUUAGCUUCUGAGAAUGUUUUCGUUGUCCAGAUCCAACAUCCAAGGUCAGAGUUGAAUAGGUUUGAUUUGGUGAUCACCCCUCAGCAUGACUUUUAUCCUUUGUCUGCACAAGCACGGGAGCAGACUCCUCGGUUUCUUCACAGGUGGAUAACUCCUCGUGAACCCCCUGGUCCGAAUGUGGUCCUUACUUUGGGUGCUCUGCAUCAAAUUGAUGCUUCUGUACUCCGAAGUGCAGCAAGUGCCUGGCAUGAUGAGUUUGCACCUCUUCCAAAGCCCUUACUUGUGGUUAACAUCGGCUGGCCUACCAGUCAUUGCCAUUAUGGCGCAGAUCUUGCAAAGCAGUUAACAGCUUCUCUUCUCAGUGUCCUUGCAACCUGUGGGAGUGUCAGAAUAUCAUUCUCAAGCAGGACACCUGAAAAGAUAUCAAAAAUCAUUGUCAAAGGGCUUGAAAAUAAUCCAAAAGUUUACAUCUGGGAUGGUGAAGGACCAAAUCCACACAUGGCGCAUUUAGCUUGGGCUGAUGCUUUUGUUGUCACAGCAGAUUCGGUUAGUUUAGUAAGUGAGGUUUGCAGCACAGGGAAACCUGUUUACGUUACAGGUGCUGAGUGUUGUAAAUGGAAGUUGAUGGACUUCCACAAAUCUUUGAGGGAGCGAGGAUUAGUUCGCCCAUUUACUGGUUCUGAAGAUAUUUCAGUAAGUUGGAGUUAUCCUCCCCUCAAUGAUACUGCAGAAGCAACUAGGCGGGUGCAUGAAGCACUUGCUGAGCGUGGAUGGAGUUUGCGGCCAUAGUGAAGCUGUUAAUAAUUAUAUUGUUGUAAGAGCACUAUCGAUUCCUAUCUCAUUUGGAAUUUGAAGCCUUCAAAAAUUGAGUUCUUCAUCACACAUACAGAAGCACCAGCUUCAAGCAUCAACUCUUUUUCAACUAUACUCCUUUUCCCUUUGGGGUUUUUGAUAUACAAUAGUCAUAGAAUAAAUAAGCUCUUUUGUGGGCGGCUUGUAGAAUACAAAGAGAGGCUGUAUAUCAUUUAGAAGCAUUACUCAGAAGUCCUUUUAGGCUGGGCUUAAGUUAAUUGGUUUGUUUGUUUCAUGAUGAUAUUCUUCUUUUUGUAAAUUACAUUGCUUUACGGAUUGUGUUUGGUUUAAACCAAAGAUGAUGGCAGGAUGAAUAAGAUUUGACAAUUUUGAAGCUCUUGAAUGGGAUUAUAAUUGUACAGAAAACCUUCUUGUUUGAAGUAAACAACUUAACCAAAGAAAUAUACACUUUCUAAAUCUUACAAAAGAAUUACAAAGAUUGUUAACAAGGAACAGACGGAUUAAAUUCUCCCUGAAAUCAAUAAUCUCGAUUAGCUUGCAAGAAUCCCCAUUCCCUGAAACAUAUAACAGAUGGAAGGAUAAAGAGAAAGAACAUGACAAAAUAAAAACGGAAAUCAAACUAUUAUAUCAUAUGCAUUAAACUAACGUUCGAAAUUAUUUGCUUUGUGUAUGCAUGUCAAUUCAAGAGAGAAACCUGUGAGGUUUUAUGAGAUUCAAAAUAUAAGCCCUUUUGGUUCCCAUAAUUGGUUUACAUAUGAGAGAAUCAAACUAGGUCCAGUUUUUCUUUGUUUGUCCAAAAAGAACAGAAUAGCAUGAGGUUGGAGAUGGAAAAAAAUAAAAGAUGAAAAAGAGAGGCAAAUUUUAACAAAAGCUUAUGAAGAGU